AUGGAGUUAGGAACGAACUUUGCUGCAAAGCUCGAGCCAUUUCUUCUCAUCUCAAAGUCAGCCAAGGGUGCAGCAGCAGCGAAACUUAUUCAGGAUGCCACUUCAGCUCAAGGCGUGUUUGUCUUUGCCGAGCUCCUUGAGCUCCCUAAUAUUCAGGAGCUGGCAAACAACGAGCAGCAUGCUCCUUUCUUCUCCCUGCUGCAGGUAUUCUCGUAUCGGACGUACAAAGAUUACCUUGCAAACAAGGACUCGCUGCCUCAACUAAACCAAGCUCAAAUAAUCAAGCUUAAGCACCUGUCUAUCGUAUCGCUUGCCGCCAGCAGACGCAUUCUCCCAUACUCUCUCCUCCUACAAGAGCUACAAAUGCCCACGAUCCGCGAUCUUGAAGAUCUCAUAAUUGAUGCGAUAUAUCUCGACAUCCUCCGCGGGAAGCUCGACCAGAAGGAGCAGCAACUUGAGAUUGAGUACACGAUGGGACGAGAUCUCGAGCCUGGAAAGGCAGACGCAGUGCUUGCGGCCCUAAAGACAUGGGCUUCGACAACCGCUUCUGUCCUUUCCGCAUUAGAUAAUAAGCUCGCCCAGAUAGCUUCUUACAGUGCGGCUGUUGCAGUGGAUAAUGAAGAGCACGAUAGGGCAUAUAAUGCUAUCCUCAAAGAUGUGUCCAAGGACACGAAAAAGCGAGGACCAUUGACGGCUAGUGGGAAUAUCAUGCGAGGUGGCGUCGAUUUGGCAGAUGCGAUGGAUGUUGACGAAGAGCCGAGAAUGAAAGGACGGAAGUAA